AUGACCGAACGCCCGUCGAAUCUUGUGGUAAACCGGCUGGUGCUUUUCGUGGUGAAAGGCACUGCCACGUCCACCCACAACACCGUCGUCGAAAAGGUGUCUGCCCCCUGGUUAAGCGAGAUCAAUCCUCACAAGAUGGUGCCCGCCAUCCUGGACCGCUCGCCCGACAGCCAGGGCACCGUCCGCGCCUGGGAAUCGACCUCGACCCUGAUGUACAUUGCCGAUGCAUACGACAAGGACGGAACCUUUGGCGGACGCAACGUGCAGGAGAGGGCUAAAAUCAAUAACUGGUUGACUCUGCACACGGCAGCUCUGGGGCCCACGGCCAAGUACUGGCUGUAUUUUUAUAAGCUGCACCCGGAGAAGCUGCCCAAAACUAUUGAAAAACUGCGCAGCAACAUUACGGUCCAGUAUGAUAUUCUGGAACGUCGCCUCAAUGAACCCGGCCAGCAAUACCUGGCUCUGACAGACCGACCGACCAUUGCGGAUAUUGCCACCUUGCCCUUUGCCAUGAAAUCCACGGCGGAACUGUUUGGUCUGGAGUUUGAGAGAUGGCCAAAACUGCAGGAAUGGUCGAUUCGCAUGAGUGAGCGAGAGGCCGUCAAACGGGCAUGGCAGCGCGUUGCCGGCUUUGGCCAUGGCAAGAAGGAGUACGGAAUGUUAGAGGCGUGA